AUGUUUGACAGCUCGCAGUAUCCCUACAAUUGCUUCAAUUACGACGCCGACGACUACCCCGCGGGCGGCUCGGACGAGGAGAAGCGGCGCACGCGGCCGGCGUACAGCUACAUCGCGCUGAUCGCCAUGGCCAUUCAGCAGAGCCCGACGGGCAAGGUGACCCUGUCGGGCAUCUACGACUUCAUCAUGCGCCAGUUCCCCUAUUACCGCGCCAACCAGCGCGCCUGGCAGAACUCCAUCCGCCACAACCUGUCCCUCAACAGCUGCUUCGUCAAGGUGCCGCGGACCCAUGGCCACGAGAAGGGCAAAGGCAACUACUGGACCUUCGCCGGCGGCUGCGAGUCGCUGCUGGACCUUUUCGAGAACGGCAACUACAGGCGGCGGCGGCGGCGCUGCCCCAAACGCGAGGAGGCGAGGGGCACGCGCGCGGCCGAAGCGGAAGCGCCCCGGGGUCCCCCUGAGCCGGCCACUGCGAGGGGGAGCCCCGUCCCCCGCCGCGAGGCCCCGACCCCCGCCAGCCCCGCCGCCCUGGGGAGGGAGGCGCACAGCGACAUCAAGUUCAGCAUCGACUACAUCCUCUCCGCCCCCGACCCCUUUCCGGGCUCAGGACGCCACGCGCAGGCGGGCAGAUACCCCCAGCUGGAGGCCCAGCAAAUGAACCUUCACCUUUGGACGAUGUGA